GAGCAUCUGGCGUGUCAAAACAACUCUUUGGCAAGACUUCUGCUGGCCUCAGACGACUGCCCGAUAUAUGGAAACCUUCACCACCUUCUGACCACCGGACACCGUAACGCAUUUUGACCAUUGGGUCUCGAUGCUGCUGUAGGCAUUCAUCAUUAACUACCCAGACUGUGUUCGGCGCCUAGGAUCACAGGGAAGUUAAUAGAUUUUUCUGUUUUCUUGUGAGAGACGGCGUCCUGCGCUGGUUUGGCAGAAAGGUGCUUGACUCUAGGGAGGGCCGAUUAGGAUUCUGUCAUUAGGCCAUGACUUUGUUCGACUACCCAGAGUUACAGGAAACCUGACGCUUAUCAUCUGGAGUCAAUGGGCGCCGACAGUCUUCCAACAGGUUGAUUGUGUGAGGUCGGGGUCCGUCACUCGUCUCCCUAGGGAACGCCUGUGGUUGCAUGCAUCUGCAACACAGUGCAUUUAUCUGCUGGCAGAUUAAUCUUCCACAGACAACAACAAUUAGGUGCAAGUUCUUGCAUUUUCCUAUCACAGGAAAACUGGUGCACUUCAGGCAGUAGUGCUACAGUAUUGUGUUCCCUAAAUCAACAUCAAUACCAACAACUGAACUGGGAUAUAAAGCUUUUACUCAGACCUCACAUAUAACAAAGAGAUCCUUACCAACAAAAGUGAUGGACCACAUCAUACUACAACUAAUGCAGUCAUCAGGAGAGAAACUCAGAGUGUCAUCACCCAUCAGAUUGGGACCUUCUGGUUUGACCUCAACACUGGUGAAUGUUUGGCUUCUGGGGGUCGCUGGAAGCAUAACAAAAUACCUGAUGAGGUAACAUUUUACAAGUCCCAUAAUUAUGCAGAGAGGAUGUAUUUCUAGUGCUGGGUGAGUAUUGUUCUGUAAAUAGAAGUGAAUGAAUGAGAGUAGCUGCAGAGAUAUGAAAAUCACAUUUUUAUUCUCUUGUUGCGUGGCAAAGCUUUUUGAGGACAUGUUGAUGAACAGGAGGAAGAGAAAGAAGUGCAUCUUGUGGAGCAUGGUGGUGUCAGUGUUUUUGAUAAUGAUGUUGGUGGCAGCAGUGAGACAUGCUCUAUUUGCCUCCCGGAUCAUUUGCUCCACACACGACAUCCUCCACAACCAUAUCACUCAACUGUGUGAAGAAGUUGAAAAUGAUGCCAAACUUCUGCAUGGACACACAUUAUCAGACCAAGAAUUGUGUAAGGAGCUGUGUGUUCCUGAUGUGCCAUCAAGAAUAAUGUGUCACACGUUCCACCUUAACAAACCAGCAGUGUUCACUUUGAAUGGCAGCAGUAAAAAAGUAAUUAAAUCUGUUAUAAAACUGGAGGAACGAGAAGAACCCAUUGACGAGACACCCGCUGAACAAGAUGAGGUGUAUUGGAAACUAAAAUCUGGCAAUCAAUACUUCCCAACUAAGGAUGACUUGCUAAGCAUGGUAAAUAUAUAUAUUAGUAACUUUGUUGGAAAUGAUGUUGAUAGAGAUAUCAUCAGUAAACUUUUGAAUCUGAGUAAUUUAUACCACUCGGAGACAGAAACACUUGCAAGCCAUAGAAAUUUUUGGUUCCUAAUACAGGAUCAUGAAUUUUUGACAUCAUAUGUUUUUGAAAAGUUGCAACUGUUUCCUAGUGUUUUAGGAACCUGUGGGACUUAUUAUUCCAUGCAGUACCUUCAACCAUUAACAGAUAAUCCAUUGCUUCCCUUUGAACUCACUUGGAGAAAAAGAUUGUGGAAAGCUUUAGACAUUAUCAAGUAUUUAGGACAACUGGAGACAGUUUGGAGAGAGCCUUUACAUUUAUGUGAUGUGAAACAUGAUCACUUUGGUUGGAAUAAUGAAGGAAAAGUAAUGUUUCUUGAUCUAGAUUCUGUUUUGCCUGAAACUUCCCUUUUAAGAACUAUGGAGAACACUCCACAAUGUGUUGAUAAUGAUGACUGCUCGUACUUCGACUGUAAAGGUCGGUGUCAUCAUAGGAUUUCCAAAUGUGAAUUGAUGCGAACAAAUACCAAUUUGCAAGUUAUCUGUGACAAGAUUUUUCUUGGUAAUACAGAAGGCUUGUUUUCUCUCUAUGGUUUACUAGUUUCACAUGAAGCUAAUGAGGAGUUAAAAGAAGCACUCGAACUAUGCAAAACUAACAAAGGUAUGACCGUUGAUGGAAUGAUGGAUGUAUUAACUAAGGCUUCAAAUGCUCUCUUGUAUUAAAUUUCUUGUCACCUAGCACUUUCUCCUCAUAAUUUUUUUUAUAUAGCACAAUCAAGGGAACUGGGUUCAGUCUGCGAGCAAGACAGAAAUGAUUGGGAAUGUUUCCUUUCACUUUAAACACCUGUUCACUUAGUAGUAAAUAGGUACCCAGGAGUUUAGCAGCUGUUGUGGGUUGCAUACCGGUGAAGGUCAGGUGUUGGCCAAGAGGGGACCUCAAUAAUUCUUAAGUACUGUACAGGCUUCAUGUCCCACAACUGAGAAUUAUAUGAAAACUGCAAUGAUAAAAUUUCAGAACUGUACUAUAUAUUUGAGUACAGUAUUUGACAAUGUGGCUCAUUUUGUAUUUUUGUUUUCUGAUUUACUUGCAUGAAGCAAAUUAUGGGCUUCAGGAUAUUUUCUAUAUAUUAUAGUAUAUCAGCAUUAUUAAUGGUAUUUUAGAGGUUACUAGCAUCAGUAUCUUGAUUUGCAAGAAUAAACCAUAUAUAAAAAUGGCAAGAGAAAUAGAUAUGUAAUGGGCACUUUUGACUGUCUGACCCAUCUUUUUUGGGAGAAAAUUCAUAUUAAGAGUACAGUAAUUGUUAUGAGUCGGUGAACAGCAUAUGUGUAAUGAUGUCAUCAAAUGUAUGUGUAUGUGGUUUGUGUUUACACUGAGGCUGCUGGCAGUCUUGGCAUUUUUUAGUAAUAUGAUAAUUUUCAUCCAAAUAAACAAAACCAAAGAUCAAUGUUAUGCAACAUUCUCAAAAUCAUUUAUAGCAGAAUCUUAUAUUAUAAAUUUACUUAGGCUGAGUACUGUGCUUACAUCUUGCUAAUUGCUACAAGUGGGGGGCCAUUUAAUAGACAAUAAACAAUGUACCGGGAGUACCACCUAGCGGAAGGUACUGGCCUGGCCUCCAGGAAAUUAGUUCCCCAAAUUUUGUAUAAAAAAUGGCUGCUCUCCUUCACCAUCACCUCUACCCUUCAACACUUUCCUAAUUCUUCACCACACUCUCUACCCAUCACCACCUUCCCUGUCUUUCAACUCAUGUAACCACUACUUUACCUCUCCUUCACCAUCCUCCCAACCCUUCACCAUCCUCCCAUCCCUUUGCCAUCCUCCCAACCCUUCACCAUCCUCCCAUCCCUUCAUCCUCCCAGUCCUUCACCAUCCUCCCAUCCCUUCACCAUCCUCCCAGCCCUUCACCAGUCUCCCAACCCUUCACCAUCCUCCCAACCCUUUACCAUCCUCCCAGCCCUUCACCAUCCUCCAUAUCAAUCACCAACUCCCCUAUCUUUCAUCACAUUAUCUACUCUUCACAACUUUCCCUACAUCACUGUAAUCUUAGAGAGAAUGGAGGGGAGGGAGGGAAUUAUCAGGGGAAAGCACCAAGCCAUUACAACUAUAUAGCACUGGGAAGGGAUCAGGAUAAGAAUUUAGGAUGGUACGGGGGAAAGGAAUGGUGCCCAACCACUUGGAUGGUCGGGGAUUGAAUGCCGACUUGCAUGAAGCGAGAUUAUCACUCUACUGUCCAGCCCAAGUGGUUGGGCUAGUGAGAAUGGAGUCUUUUAUUUAGUGAGAUUGGAAAUUAGUAUGAUUUGCCAUUUUGUGCAAAGAGUUAGGACUUGACCCUGAGCUGCCUAUGGCCAUUCCCAGACAAAGACCAGUCACCUUGCAACGUUUUGUUAGAAUAAGCACAAGCAUCUGGCCCCCAACUUCGAACAGACAUUCUCUUAUCUAGAUAGAUACUGAUGUGCACUGAUGGUUAUCUUGUGCUUAAUGAAGGUGUUCAAUGAUUUUCCUAUGUAGUGAAUAUGUACAAUGCUGGUGAUUAUCGUAUAUACAAUGAAGAUAUACAAUGAUGAUGAUUAUCCUGUGUGUGUGUGUGUGUGUGUGUGUGUAGUGAAGAUGUACAAUGAAUGAAAUCUUGUUUGUAGUAAAGAUGUUUUCUAGUUAUUUUUAACAUAUUACCAUGUGAUGGCAUGUUUUGCAUUGAAUUCUAAUGCACCAGGAAAAUUAAAAGGCACUUAAUAAGUAGCAAAGCCAUAUCCUAUAGCAUCUAUCAGUAAAAUUUAAAAUUGUUUAGGUCAUAAGCUUUUGAUUUAGAGACACUGAGGCUUUGAGAAAUGCAGGGUGGGAACAUAAAUUUAAAAUUACAUUACUAAACAUCUCAGUGGAUGGUUUUGUGCUGUUUGUAGUUUUGAUAUACUGUACAGUAUAUAAACCAGUCAUACUUGAUUUUUAUCACUAAUAUGUAAUUGUGGCUUGUGUAUAUGUAUUCAAUUUUUUUUAUUCAAAUACUGAAUUUACAUGCUUUUUCCUGGCAUGUAAAUAUAUACAGUACAGUGAAAACCAGCUCGAUAGAAUGAUUUGUUCCAGAUCUCAUCUGUUGCAUUUUAUCUUUCACAGUACAAUGAAACCUCAGUUUUCGAAUGCCCGUUUUCCAAUUUUUCUGUUCUUGAGCUCAAUUUAUUCAAAAAAUUCAACUCUGUACUCGAGGUUUGCCUCGGUGCUCGAGUUAGUUGAAUCGGCCCAUACACAUAUGGGCCGAUAUACUUGUACAUACUGUAGUACAAAAUAUAAGUGGUAGUAUGUAUAAAAUGUAUUUUUAAGUUAACAUUUUUAGGGGUGUGGAAUGGAUUCAUUCAAUUUACAUUAUUUCUUAUGGGAAAAUUCGUUUCAGUUUCGAAUUUUUGGUUUUCGAGGUUUCUCUGGGAACGGAUUAAAUUAAAAAGAAACAAUUCAUGCCCGAAAUGCUUUGCGUAAUAGUGGCUUUAGGCAUUGUAUGUACUAGCCCUAUCUAUAAAUCCAUCACUCUUUGUAAAAUCUCUUGUAUGUAUGUACCUUACCUAAAUAAACAUUUGAUUUGAUUGAUUUUAUUUUUGAAAAAACGGAGGUACCAAUGUACAGUACAGUAUAUUAUUUAGUACAAACAAGAAAUUAUUUUCUUUUGUGAAUUGUAGAUAUUUUGAUACCAAAAUAAUGUGGAAAAGUGUAAUUUUAAUAUAUAAAUGAUGUUUUGAUGAAUUUCUUACUCUAUUCUAGUCCAGCAUAUGCAUAGUUUGAUUCACCUGAAUCCUUCCAUUCUUCUUUUGUUGUUGCAAACAAUUGAUGUGUUAUACAAUAGUAUUUAUGCUGGUCGGCCCUAGUCAUAACCUUUAAUACUAUUAAGAAUUAAAAAAAAAUUCAUUCUACAUACAGCAUCUGUCUGUUUGUCUGUGCAUUACAAAUGCUGUGUUCCCUGUAGGAACUCUAUUUUUGUAGAGGUGGCCGUAUGGGGAAUCUUCCUCGGGUAUUUCACAUAGUUUGUUGUUUGGUAAUAAAACUGUAACAAGUUUGUCAUACUAUCUUUUCACAUAUGACUACACCAGUAGCUAUAUACACCAGUAGCCAUAUGUGGUGUAAAAUUAUUUUGGCAAUACAGUACAGUACCUCUAUUUGUAAUACAACACUGUAUUUUGGUUAAAACAAAUUUGUUAACUGUUUUUUGUACUGUAUUAUCAAUCGCUCAUCAAUAAAAAAUAGCAAGCUACUGGAUGAACAGUUGAGUUGAUGAAAGAUUUGAUAAUACUGUACAAGUAUUUAAUAUAAGUAUGUAAUACAAGUGCAGUAUUUAAUACAAGUAUUUAAUGCAAGUAUUUAAUGCAGAUAUUUAAGCUCAUUAAAGGGCAUGACAAUCUUGACCUUGAAAAAUUCUUGAAUUUUUUAUUUUCUAUCACCACUUGAAACAAUGGCAUUAAAAUUAAAGGUAAAUAGUUUCACUCAAACAAUAUCAAAUUUUCUUUUCUUUAAUUAAAUAUUUAACAUAUAGAAUAGCUAAACAAAUAAUUCAGUUUAAUUCCAGGAAUACAUUUCAAAAUAGAAUUGACAAGUACAUCUCCUCUAAUCCACACAUUGUGCCACCAUAAGCUUUUCAUAAAUAGCCUUGUUUGAAUUUAUUUAUAAAAAUUAUACAUUUUACCAACACUUCAUGCUGCAUGUUAUGCAUAAUAGUUUUUGACAUCCAUGUUUGUCAUUAAAUUUUCAUUAUUUUCUGAUAACACAAUAUUAACUUGUAUCACUAAAAACUGUAUGACUCGUCGAGGAUUCGAACCUGAACAGCCCAUGGGUCAUGCCGUCUGUGUCUGAAUCCUCCAGAGGUCAUGGAGUUUAUAGUGAUUUACAGCUUUGGGACCAUUUAUAGCUUGAGGACCAUUCUAGUUUUGUCUCAUUAACUUGUAUAUAUGUUAUAUCAGUGCUCUCGCUUAUACUACUUAUAUAGAAUCCUAAACUAUUGUUUCACUACCAUACAGGGGGGGAAGGGGAACAAAAAUCCCCUAAAGUCCCCUACUCUGCACUGAAUACUCUAUAUUUACCAAUCCUCUAGGAACAAAUAUUUUUUAGAGCUAUCGUAUACCACUCAGUUUCUUCCUUUUGCAAGAUCCUGCGUGUUUCCUGAGCAGCAUCAUGCAGCCAAGGCAGAUCAGCAUUCCACACUGGCAUUACAGGAGCUACCACUACCUUGGUAUUGUACCAAGUAGCACUCUCAUUAAAUGCUAGUUGACCCACCUCGUUGCUACCUAAGAUUGCCACUAAUUGGCAGCACCAAUACAUAAACAGAAUUUCCUGUCUCCAGCCCACCUUAUAUUCUAUUUGACUUGUUUCACAUGCUUUAUCAGCUUUCAAAGAACAACACCUCAGUUAAGUGAUUUGUGUUUGUGUUUAUCCCUAGAAACUUUCAUUUUGCGGUGCAGUUGGCUAAUGCUCUUAGAGAACCUUGUACUUAUUUGUCAUCUGGGUCUCUGAGUUGAAUAACCAUUCCAUGGUGCUUUGUGCUAAAGCUUGGCUUUCCCAAUAGAUGUUUAGGUUGGCCAGUCUUAGUCAAAUACGAAUACCUGUGGAUGAUUCUGAAGAUCAAUAUCCCCACAGCCUGGUUUCUAACCAGGUCUCCUGGUUGGUGGUCUGGUCAACCACGCAGUUCAACGUAGUUGCUCAUAGCCUGACGUAUGAGUCACAGCCUGGUCGAUCAGGUAUCCUUUGAAGGUGUUUAUCAAGUUCUCUUUUGAACACUCCGAAAGGUCAGCCAGUUAUGCCCCAUAUGUGUAGAGGGAGAAUGUUGAAAAGACUUGGUUUUAUUUCCUUGUAAAAACUUGAAGUAGUAUGCCACCAGGCAUUAUUUUCCACACUCUCCUGGUGUGACAUAAAGCUCAAUAUGUUGUUUAAAACUUUGCCUGGCUCAGCAGGCCACCUUCAUCGCACCUCAAAGUAGGCUGGGCAUUGCCCCAUGAGUGCACAACUAAAUGUUAAACUCUUUCACUAACAAUGUUUAUACAUACUAAUAAGAAUGAGCAAAAAUUAAUUGUUGAUGGAAUUGUUGUCAUGCCCCGAACUGCGUGUAUUGUUUUAAUGACUGUGUGAACGUCAUCACAACGCCAAGGUGUUGGAUUACACCAUGUAUUUGGGUCCUGGGAACAAGGCAUUGCCCUGUGCUGCUAUUAUCCAGAUUACCAUCUGUAUUAUCUGUGAUGAAUCUGGGUGCCUGGAUAAGGGGCUUCCUGAUAGAUGAAGAGCAAUUUAUAAUACUGCACUUCCAUUUGGCACCACUCUGCAACAUAGGCAAAUCAAGCUGCUUUUUUUGUGUUUAUUCAUUGUCUUUAAUCUUCUGGUCUGAUUCUUUCUUAAUGCAGCAGCUGAGUGGUAUAAAGUUCUAUUAUUUAUUAUGAAGUAACAAAAUGCAUACAAUUGCAUAUAUUCUGCUUAUAUAUUCCAACUAUUUAGAGUAUUUAGUACUAGUUAAACCAAAGUUUUUAGAUAUUUUGUAUGGACCAUCUGUAUAUAGGUGUAGAAAUGAUGUAUUGUAAGUUAUUUGCACUCACUUGUCAGACAAAAUUGUAAUAAAGUGAUAGUAUAUGCUAGUUGCCAGGAUAUUAAUGCUGAUCCUAAUGAUACAAUAUAUAUAAGAUGCUCUUGGAUUUUGUAAUAUUUUCUUGUUACUGUUACAGGUAUAUUUAUCUUUUUUUUAGUUUAUAUAGAUUUCCUUGAUUCAGAUACAGUAUGACAAAAAUCUGCAAAGAUGUAAAUUAAUUAUUAAAUAUGAUGUAUUUUA